GGGGCCGAACGGCCAGGCGCUGCCGGGUCGCGUAGCAACGGCGCCACGCAGAGCCAUGCAGGCCCGCGGCAGCAGAGAGCAGGAGGCCAGGGAUUAUUUGGAAAAACAUCGGAUUAUGGAGUUGCUGAACUAUCUCACCAGCACCCUGCUCUUUUUCCGGCCAGAAAAACCAAGAGAGUAUUUAAUAUCUGUAUUGGAACGACUGAGAAUUGCCAAAAUGACAGGCUUGGCUUUUCCUUUCUUUAUGGAUCAUUCUAACAUUGUGUCUAUGUUUGAAAUGAUGGACACUUCGAAUAAAGGCACCAUAUCGUUCGUGCAGUACAGAGAAGCCUUAAAAACCCUGGGUCUGUUGACUGCAGAUGAAGUUUUAAAAGAUGAUGGACAUGCAGUAACUCUGGAUAAAUUCAGACGUGAAGUGAACAAGAGGAUGGAAGAAAUAUGGGCAGCGUUUUAAUAAUGCCAUCAGUCCAAGAUAAUAAAUGAUUCCAUAAAGUUUU